AUGUCGGACACGUGUUCGGGCAUGCCCCCAUGCGUGUCGAUGUUGGGCACUGCCAGUGCCAUGGCACUUCCUAGAGGAAUGUCCAUCUUUCCUAUGUGGUCUGCUAUUAUGGUUAUGGCUAUUGAAGAGGCAAUUAUUAAUAUUGAAGAGACAGUUUGCGAAAUUCCUGAAGUAGAAUGGAUACCCUGCGUUGACAUGCAGUUUGAUUCCGAAGAAGUAGCUUAUGAUUUUUACAAUGAAUAUGGUGGGAGAGUGGGUUUUAUUAUUUGGAGAGAGUACAAAAACAACAGUCGGAAGGAUGAAAAAGUAACAUCUAGAAAUUUUGUGUUUAGCAAGGAGGGAAAAAGAGGUGAGGAUAAGAAGGAUAGGAAAACAAAGAAUCUAAAGGCUGAAACACCCACUGAUUGUCGUGCACGCAUGCUUAUUGCCUUUAAUGUGGAAUUUGGUAAGUACAUUGUUAAAGAUUUUAAAGAUACUCAUAACCAUCCCCUCAUCAGUGAGGAUUGUGCCCACAUGAUGCCGUCACAGCGAAAAAGCAAGUCAGUGCAAGCUAUUGAUGUGAAGUUGGUUGCCGAUGUGGAAUACCCGUUCGUAAAGCCUUUGAGUUAA